AUGAUCGAGCGUUGGCUUUCAUCCCCCGGCGGAAGAACGAACAGCAUGAUCAAAGAUACCAGUACACUGGCGCUCAAUGUCAUCUCUUCGGUCGCUUUCGAGAAUACUGAAGUCAAUCAGCCGACACCAGGUCACCAACUGUCACUUCGCGAUGCACUAGUGACGGUGAUGAGUACUUCGAUCUCUCCGGCUAUAGAGGGUAUCAUGCCAGUCUUCAAAUUGCCCGUACUCGGAUCGCUACUUCCAACCAGUACUAGGAGGCUGCUACUCGCCAUGCAUGAGUUCCGGCAAUACAUGGACGAAACUGUCGUAAGAGAGCGAUCAAAAGUGACCGGCGGGCAACCCAAAGCUGCUACACUCAUCAGUACGCUGAUCAGGGCCAACGAUGCAACCAACACUGGAAGUGCGGGUUCGAAAGCUAAACUAUCUGACGCUGAGUUAAGAGGCAAUAUCUUUAUUUUCACAGUUGGUGGACUGGAGUCUACUUCAAUCACACUAUCAUACGCAUUGGCUUUACUGGCUGUGCACCCUGAGGUCCAAGACUGGGUAGUGGAAGAGCUGGAUGAAGUCCUGAAAGACGAAGCAACUGAUGACCCGGAGUAUGCAAGAAUGUUCCCGCGACUGAAGAGGGUAAUCGCUGUUAUGACCAGUUUAGAGUCCAAGAAAGCCCAUGAGAAUGUCGUUCUUCCGGCUAACACCCAAAUCAUGCUCAACUCAUGGGCUUCUCACACCUCAUCCGCCAACUUCCCCGAUUCGCUUACUUGGAACCCGAAGCGCUGGAUUCAGUCGCAAUCCGCCGGAAGUAGCAAGGUAACUCUAACCGAGAUACUGUCUGCUGAAGAACUCAAGCACCCAACGAGUGGUAGUGGAUUCUUCGCAUGGGGGACUGGCCCGAGGAUCUGCCCGGGAAUGAAGUUUAGUAAGGUGGAGUUUUGCAGUGUGUUGAGUAGCGUCCUGGAAAAGGUCCGGGUUGAAGUGGUGUGUCAAGACGACGAGAAGGUGGGGGUGGCUGGACAGAAGGUGAUGAGUAUUCUGCGGGACUCAUGUGCAGACCCGCUGCUGCUUCAUGUCAGACAACCAGAAAAGUUGGAGUUGAGGUUUAUCGAGCGCUAA